AUGUCUGCACCUUCUAAGGAGAUAAGGCUUCAUAUUGGAAACAUUUCCCCGAAACUUGCGUCUAAUCCUGAGACUUUAAACACCAGAUUGGGCAAGUUUGGUGAGAUCAUCAAACCACUAGAAGUGCGUACCAAACCACUAGGGGACAAGUUUUUUGGGUUUAUAACUAUGAACUUAACCCCUGUAGAUUAUGAAAAGAUCAGAAAUUCAUUCCACGACGUUGUUUUCAUGGGAAUGAAACUUUCGGUAAAUGAAGCCAAGCCAGCAUUCAAUUGGCAGAGGGAUAACGAAAGACCAGAUGCAAAGAAACUGGACAGGAUGAAGAGGGAAAGAAUCCAACAUGUAAGAGAGUUGAGAAUAAACGAAGCCCAUACGAGAUAUCCUGAAAAUACUGAGACUCACUCUCACUUGACACCUACUCAGGUGCUCAAUCCAAAUAACUCAAGUAAAUCAAGCCAUACAACCAACAAUAAGUCUGGUAACACCAAAAAUAAGCCUCCAGGAUAUACCUUGCAAGGAACCAAGUCAUAUUCAACUUUGGCUGGAGAUACUAGUAAAAGCUUGAUUCUUGAUCAAUACGCUAGGACAUCGGGUAAUGGUGAAGUAAUCAAGGGUAGACAUAGAGUCACUGUAAGACCACCCAGGUUACAGAGGGCGGCUACCUUAAGAAUUCUUAUUAACGGUGAAUUGAAAACUUAUAAGAACUACAAGACCAAAUUGUGGGGCUUUGAGAAGAAUAAGACUGCUCUUGAUUUAACGUGGAAGUAUGAUAAUGGAGUGUGGAAGAGUGGGGACGAUCAUAUUGUUGAAAAAGUUAGAAGAAACAACGUAAUUGUAAAUGAUAGAGUCAUUGGGGGCCCACAAGUCAUAUCCUGUGGAGUUAGUGGCACCGAAGUACAACUGUAUGGUCGUGAUAGCAACAUUGAACAGAUAGGAUCUGGAGAUGUUGAUGGUUCACGGUCAAUUGAUCCUGAAUUUAAAGAAGACAUAGACAAAAAUCAAAAAAUACUUGCAUCAUUAUUCACCAAGUAUGACUUCGAUAAACCACUUUCAGUUGAGGAGGAAGAAGACAAAAUUGACGAAAAUGAUAUAACUUACGAUAGUAAGGGUAGAAAGAAGAUUAAAACUUACGAUUAUGAAGUUGAAGGUGCAGAGAUUGAUGAUGAUUUUGAUAAUGACAGUGAUGAGAGUUUUGAUUACUCCACUGCUCAACAAAAGGUUGAAGAAUUUACAAAAUUACACGAAAGACCACAGGGAGAAGUCUACUACGAUGAAGACGAUAAUGGGAAUGAGCUUGAUUUUGACUUGAUAGCCCAAUCUACUGAGAAAAUAAAGGAUAAGUAUGAAGAAGAGCAUGAUACACUUGGAUUAUUGGGAGAAGAUACUCCAAUGGAGAACGCAGAAGAAGAAGAAGAAGAAGAAGAAGAAGAAGAAGAAGAAGAAGAAGAAGAAGAAGAAGAGCAGGAGGAUGAAGAAGAAAAAGAAAAUGAAGAAGACGUUCUUGAUACGCUUGGCUUACUAGGAGAAAAUGCUUCAAUGGAAGAAGCAGAUGAAGAAGAAGAAGAAGAAGAAUUCAUUCCAAGCUUUGGCCAGUUUUCGAAGGAAUCAGACUCUGUGUCUGGAAAGACCAAUAAUACGGAAGCUUUAAGAUCACUCUUCAAUAAAGAACAAGAGUCUAGCUUUAAACUUGAAGUUGACGAAGACGAUAUCGAUGAAGAAAAAGAGAAAGAGUUCAAUGACCCAACAUACCAACAAACUCUUUUGAAAGAAAUAGAACAAAAGCAGCAGCAAGAUGCUCAAAUACAUCAGGAGCUAAGAAGGAAUCAAUUUGGGCUUUUUUGGACUCACAGAGACUCUCCGUUUUUGUCCACCCAAUCUCAGUUGAAUAAAAUAGGUACUGCUGAGGAUGUUAUCACAUUACCAGGUGAGAUAGAUGGUGCUAAUUUAGACGUAGCAGAGGGAGAAGAAAAUGCGUAUGAGAAAUGGUUUUGGGAUCAGAGAGGUGAGCUCAGUAGGGAGUGUAAGAGAAGAAGAAGGGAUGUAAUGAGAGCAUUCAAGAAAAAGGUCAAUGUAUAG